GUUUAUUUUUUCUGCGUUUGUUGUUUGCCUCUCAGUGUAGGUUCGUGAUCUUCCGAAACGAUGCAACCCGAAAGGUGGACAGAAAGGAAUAGAAAACCCACCAUACGCCGAAUGCUUUCGAACUAGCGUGGAGCAUUAGUAGGGGUAGAACGGUACCGGGGAGCCUGGUGCCUGGUUCGACGGUUCGCAUAAAGGCAGGUCACUCCGCCGUACAGUCAGUAGUCCAUCACAGGAUACGUUCGAGAGCACAUCCGGUACCACCAGACCACGAAGGCAGUCAAGUGCGUGAAACCAACUGGGAAAAUCAUUCUUAAAACGCGAAUUGCAUCUUGCUAGUGCAGUGAUACUACUCGUACUCCAGUGUUUCGUGAGCUAAAAAUGAUGAAGUUUGUGGUUCUUGCCGUGUGUCUUUGCGUCGUGAUUGUCGAUCAGACGCUAGCACAGAACAACCAGUACCUGCCGCCCGACAAGGGUUACGCUUAUGACAAGCCCAACCAGCCAUUCCCGUCGUCUCUGCAGCCGCAACCCCGCCCCCCGCAGCCAACCCCCGGACGCCCGGCACCAUCGUACGGACCGCCACCGGCGACGGAUGAUCAUCAUCAUGAGCCGGGCAUGCCGUUCGAUUUCCAGUACAACGUGAACGAUAUCGAGACCCAGAACGACUACUCGCACAAGGCUGUCAGCGAUGGGGAUGUAACGCGCGGUGAGUACCGCGUGCAGCUUCCCGAUGGCCGAACCCAGAUUGUGCGCUACACCGCCGAUUGGAAGAACGGUUACAACGCUGAGGUGUCAUACGAAGGCGAAGCCAAGUACCCGGAGGGCCCAGGACAGGGAGGUGCCAAUGCUGGUGGAUACAAAUAUAAAAUUCUUUACUAUCGCAAGCUUCUGCUGCUGGUCUCGGCGAUAGUCGUCAAAGCCAAACCGGAGGCCCCGAUCAACUCGUACUUGCCACCUGCGCACGGCGGUCACAACGGAGACGGACAUCACGAUGAUCAUCACACGGAUUUGGUGCCACCAUCGAGCAGCUAUGGGACGCCCGAUACCAGCUACGGCCCUCCCCACCACCAAUCGGGCUUCCAUCCGGAUCACCACGAGCAUGAAGAUCAUCACGACCACCACGACACCCACGAUGACAGUGGAUCCUUUGAAGAUGAACCGGCAAAGUACGAGUUUAGCUACGAGGUAGACGAUGAAGGUGCGGAUCUGUCCUUUGGCCACGAGGAAAUGCGCGAUGGCGAUUACACCACGGGAAAGUACAACGUGCUCCUUCCGGACGGACGACGACAGAUUGUGGAGUACGAGGCGGACCACAAAGGAUAUCGCCCAAAGAUCACGUACGAAGGUGGUGACGAGCAUCCGCACCAUCACGAUCAUCCGCAUGAACAUGGACACGGGCAUGAGCACGGUCACGGUGGCUACUCGAAGGAAACGCCACAUACCCAGCUCGGCUAUCCCAAGGAAUCGCACCACGAUUUCGAACACAACGGAAUCGGCCAUGGUUCCGGUGAGUACGAUUCACACUCGCACGAUAGCGGCCACAGCCGGGCGGAUCAUGGCAUCCACGAUGGGCACCGGGGAUACGAUAGUAACGCGCACGAACACCACAAUGGCAACAACGGACAUCACCACAACGGUCAUCAUCACAAUGGGCACAAUGGCCACAAUGGUCACCAUCGCAGACGUAGCAGCAAUAAUAACCACAACAACAACAACAACAACAACAAGCAUCAUCAUGCAACAUCGCCUGUCCAUCGCGGCAACGGAGAUCAUCAUCAUCACAAUGGCUACCAUCGUUAGGAUGGCAGAAGCAAUUCCAAUCAGGAUGAUAAACGGAGACAAA